GGUGCGAUGGCGGCGGGCGGCCCCUGAGGCGCCGCCAUGUACGCGGGAGCCGCCGUGGGGCCGCCGCUCCGGGACUUCAUCUCCGUCAGCCUCGGCCCGGAGGGGGCGGUCGGGCCUGGCGGCUACAACAACAGCAAGGCCUGGCGGCGGCGCUCCUGCUGGCGGAAAUGGAAGCAGCUGUCCCGACUCCAGCGGAGUGUCAUUCUCUUCCUGUUUGCCUUCUUGGCAGUCUGUGGAGUCAUUUCGUACACAAGCAUGGGAGAAGCAUGGAAAAGUCUAACAAACAAAUCGUUAGAUGAUCAGAGAACAGAACAAGAAAUUCCUGGAGUAAAGCUGGCAAAUCCAGCUGUUCUACCAGCACCCCAGAAAGCAGAUGCCAACCGUGGAGACUACCCUGAGCUUUCGCUGCAGAAGCAGCCAAACCCACCUCAUGUUCGUCGUGGUCCUUCCAACCUUCAGAUCAAGGCACCACGGAGGGACACAAGGCUGAAGACCCGACACAGUACCAUCAGGGCUGUAGAAGAGCCAGUGCAGACUGAUAAAGGGGAGAAAACGGAGAAAUCUAUUAUCAGCUGGAGAGGAGCAGUGAUAGAACCUGACCAAAACACUGAACCUCCAUCCAGUAAAAUAAAGGAACCAGAAAGACCUUCAUCUGUGGAGGCUGAAGACCAGAAGGAACCAGUGCCCAUAAAUGAGCGCCAGCUGGCUGUGAUCGAAGCCUUUCGCCAUGCCUGGAGAGGGUACAAGGAGUUUGCCUGGGGCCAUGAUGAGCUGAAGCCUUUGUCCAAGUCCUACAGUGAGUGGUUUGGACUUGGGCUUACCUUAAUUGAUGCCUUGGAUACAAUGUGGAUUUUAGGCUUAAGAGAAGAAUUUGAAGAAGCAAGAAAGUGGGUAGCAAAUGAUUUAGUAUUUGAUAAAAAUGUGGAUGUGAACCUGUUUGAGAGCACCAUCCGUAUCCUGGGCGGCUUGCUGAGCACCUACCACCUCUCCGGAGAUAGCCUUUUCCUGGAAAAAGCUAAAGACAUUGGGAACAGGCUUAUGCCAGCAUUCAAGACCCCCUCAAAGAUACCAUAUUCUGAUGUCAACAUUGGCCGGGGCACUGCACAUCCCCCUCGCUGGACAUCCGAUAGCACUGUGGCAGAGGUGACCAGCAUUCAGCUGGAGUUUAGGGAGCUCUCUCGUCUCACUGGAGAUGACAAAUUCCAGAAAGCUGUAGAUGAGGUGAUGAAACAUGUUCACACCCUCUCAGGGAAAAACGAUGGACUUGUGCCUAUGUUCAUCAACACCAACAGCGGGCAGUUCACCCACUUGGGGGUCUACACUCUGGGAGCCAGAGCUGACAGCUACUAUGAGUAUCUGCUCAAGCAGUGGAUUCAGGGGGGGAAAAAAGAAAACGACCUGUUGGAAGACUAUAUGAGAGCCAUAGAAGGGGUGAAAAAGCAUCUUCUUCAGAGAUCAGCCCCCAGGAAGCUUACUUUUGUAGGAGAGCUUGCUCAUGGCCAUUUCAGUGCCAAGAUGGAUCACUUGGUUUGCUUCUUGCCGGGUACUUUGGCACUGGGAGCCCACAAUGGACUGGAUGCUGAUCAUAUGAAAUUGGCUGAAGCCCUUAUAGAAACCUGCUACCAGAUGUAUGCUCAAGUAGAGACAGGCCUGAGCCCGGAGAUCAUACAUUUCAACCUCCACGCGCAGAAGGGCUACAAAGAUGUGGAAAUCAAGCCUGCAGACAGGCACAACUUACUGCAACCAGAAACUGUGGAAAGCCUUUUUUAUAUGUACAGAUUCACUGGUGAUAAGAAAUAUCAAGACUGGGGCUGGAAAAUCUUGCAGAACUUCAAUAAAUACACACGGGUUCCUACAGGUGGUUAUACUUCCAUUAACAAUGUCCAGAAUCCCAGUAAUCCAGAGCCACGGGACAAGAUGGAGAGCUUCUUCCUUGGGGAAACGCUCAAAUACAUGUUUCUGCUGUUUUCAGACGACAUAGACUUAAUCAACCUUGACAAAUACGUCUUUAACACGGAGGCUCAUCCACUCCCUAUCUGGGCGCCAGCAUAGACUCUGCAACACUGGACCUUUCAGUGGUGGCAUUUUUAUCUCCAAGUCACUUUACUUUUCAGGGUUUGAGGAGAGAUGCUAUAUUGCACCUUUUUUGGCUACAAACAAUGAACAAAACCUUGGGGAAAGCAUCUCUGGUUUGAAGAAAUCAUGUCAGUCUUAAAUCCCUGGUUCUGGGAUGAACAAACCAUAUGAAGCUGGUUUCCCUAGUACUGAUGAUGAGGUUCAGAGAGUAAUUGCAGUGUGGACCACGACAUUCAUGGGGCUCUGGUGACCCAGAACUCAGUUAUGUCAGUCUUACUAAAUGCUCGUUAUAUAUUGGAAUGCAGCGACUCAGCUUAGGGCACAGGGUUGUUUCUGGAGAGCAAGAAAAAGCCUACAGUUUUUUGGUUUAUUCUGGAUUCACUGAAACACUGGAUUACAGAGCCAUUCCUUUGUCAGAAUGUGACAGUAGUUCACGUGGAAAGUGGAAUAAACAAGAGCUGUAGUGCUGUCCCAGGCAGAAGCAAAGCUGUCAGUAUUGCUGCUGAUAUUCUGAUCUCAUUCCAAACUCACAAGCUGUGCUGCACCACCUUAGGAGAAGGAAGAGGCAGCAGAGCAUCCACUGUAUAGUGUCUUAGUUUUUGUAGAGCACUUUGAACAAUCUGUUCAAACUGGGGCUGAAAUGAAUGGUGAAAGGGAAUUUGCUGCUGGUUUGGCUCAAAGUGGUAUAUAAUUUUUUAGAGGCAUUGCAGUUUUUUUACUUACCUGCAGGAAUGCAGGAGAUAAUGUGAAAUGCAAGUGAAACUACACAUGCAUUUUAUAUAUUAUUUGCGUCAGUUAGACUCAGGUAUUCUGACUGAAAGCUGCUUUCUGAGGUUGGGUACUGGGAAAGCUUGUGAGCACAUUAGUUAUCAGCCUCCUUCCGUCCCUUCCUGUCCAGAUAUCACGAGGUGUUUGUUGACUCAAAACAAGCUUACAAUUGUACAGCAUAGUUUAUGUUAUUCAUAAUUUCUUGGGCUGUGGAGAAAUUUUCAAUUUUUUUUUUUCCUUAGUAAUACAUCAGUCAGAAGUAUUUUCGAUAGUAGUGUUAAAAGCAAACAGUCUAAAAGUAUUACAGCGAUUUCAGAUCCCAGUAGAUUUAGAGAAAUCGAUUUCAGUUGCUUCAAGACUGAAAAGCAGAUCCAGAUUUUUUAAGACUCUUAUUGGAGCCCUGGGAUCUUUCAUUUUUAUAUGUGCAAUAGAUUUUAAACCAUGAAUUUGGAAAUGAACUUUCUUUAGUGCUUGUCCUUUUGGAUCUGUAGCUACUUGGACAGUGCUGUAUUCACAGAUAAGAUCUUAGAAAUGUACUUGUUCAUAUUUCUGGAAGAGGUGGUUCUCGCUGAAGUGCCCUUUCCCCUGUGGCAGUGGGUGUGAUGGGCAAAACAGGUAUGUGAUGGCAACAGGGAAGGCCAUUCCCCACUAACACUGGGGCCACUGACAGAACUGAUUGACUGGAAAGGCUGAGGGAGGUAUGUGAAUUUUUUAGUAAUUAUAACCUUUGAUUUGUAAAGUAAGAUAUGUCUUUGUUUUAUGCUGAUCCGUUUUGUUUGCUGCAGUUACAAGUUAUCCUUGGGACCACUAUUUAAAUCUUUUAGAGAAUAUUUAUCAUUCCGUGUACUAACGAUAGCUUAUGGAAAUGGAGAACUUUUACAAAUUAUUACUGAAAUGGAAUGUUACAAAUUAUUUAAAUGCACCUUUUUUGUUAUCAAAGGUACCCUGGGAGUGGCAGGACACAACAGGUCAGUGCAGAGUGCUAAUGUUCUUCCUGCUCAUUUGCCAGCAGUAACCCCUGCAAUGAGCUUUUCACAUACAUGUGCAGUGGAAUCCAAUCACUGUGGCCUUUGGCUGCACAACUGAUUGGUUGCUAAUACUUUUGUUUUCUUUGACAGAACAGCAAAUGAGGAAGGUGCUGUUGAAAUGUGGGAGGUAACACCCUCAGUGUUUUUGUUUGUGGAGCAGAUUUGUGCUGCUGAGGAGCUGAGCUUUGGCUAAAAGCUAAUCUUAAAAUUGGAAAUUAAAAGAAAAAAAGGAUAAAUUCAGUGACACUACGCAGGGCCUGGUGACUUGUGUUGCUUUGGCCUUGUGCCUUUGACUGAAGCUAGUAUUGAGCCCUUAAUUAUGACUGUGCUAUGGAUUGUAAAACUUGUGGGGUUUGGUGUUUCACCCAUACAGCUGCCUGACUGAGGCAACAGAGACAUUUCUUAGGAAAUGGAAUACAUAUAAAUGCUUACCAAAAAUAUUCUGGUUUUGAAGUCUUACACUAGUCUUAAUGUAAUUGAUUCUACAAAUGGGACUGCACGAGUCUGCAUUAUAUUAUUUUUGCCUUAUGACUGGUUUGAGAGUAAUAAUUCCCUAAUGAGUUAAGGAAGGGAGAGAAGAAUAAACCAUCACUUUCCCAAACACAUCCUGUCUUUUAGCUGAACCUUUUGGUCCAACUGAUUUCUACCUAGUUCUUGUUGGGACAUGGAAUCUCUGCAAACCAUGGCUUUAUUGUCCUCAGUCUUUAAACCUGAAGUUCAGAUUGUUCAGUUCUCGCUUCCCUCGAGAACAAAUGCUUGUUUCAGACCCCUGUAUCACCUGUGAAAUGGCACAAACUAAAGAAUCUGAACAAAGCUCAUCUGUUCUUCCUGUUCUUUUGCAAAGGUCAUUUUAAUUGCUUAUUUAUUUUUACUUUCUUAACUGUUGUGUCAGGUCAGUCUCUGAGCUCCACAACCCAUCUCUAUUCCAUGAUGUGCUCCCCCAGCACAACAGAAACUCGAAAGUUUCCCUUUGAGCACUCUGUGGUUCCUUGUUCCAAAGCCUGAACUUCCUGGUCCGUAACCUGCUCUGAUGCUUCAGCGUACUGGGAUGCUCUUGGCUUAAGUGGAAUGUUGUGGAAAGGCCACCACUGAGCCAGGGAUUCUGUCCUGCACAAAGAGCUGCAGUGGUUUCUCUCCAAGAGCUUGAGUGCCUGCCUAAUUAUAAUAGAUUUGGGAGUCUUAUACUUGGGGCUUUGAGCUACAGCUUAGGAAAAAAGUACAGACCUGUUUGCUCAAAGAAAAUUCAGCAGAUGGAUGAGACACAGUUAGCAUUUAAUCCCUGAACUUCUGAAAGAUGAAUUCUCAUUACAGGUCAUAGAAACUGGCAGUUUUACCAGGUGCCUGGUGUUGGCUGAGAGGCCCCUCGUGUUUCACAGGACUUUCCAGUAACAGGAUGCCAAGUUCAGGUACACUUGUAUUUACUCCUCCAAAUACCAGACAAAAAGUACACCUUGUUUGCAGUUCCAUACCAGUGUGAUGUUGGCAGUGAUGAGGGAUGAAAACAGGAAAGGUUUUUGCAAUAACACAGUUUUGUGACUUCUCCUUCACUUUAGGACUUCCCUUCAGCUGUGCACUCCUAGAAAUAGCCCUGCAGGGAAGUCAGCUCCUGAUUUCCAGUGCUACACUCAGUAUAUUUAACCAGACCAGUAAAAGUGACAGAACAGGGUAGCUUCAUGAAGCUUGUUGCUUCAACAGAAAAUUUAAGAUUUUUCUGACUUUGGAUUUAUUAAGAAGGGGUUGGGGUUUUUUUGUCUCUGAAACAUUGCUGGAGAUUGCUGUCCAAGUCUGGAGGCUUCCACUGAAAUCUGAGUUCCUGUUCUGUGUCACGUUCCCACGCUGGCCCCAUGCUGGCCCCACGUUGGCAGGUGACGAUGGAACAAAUGAGCCUUUGUUCAACAACCCCACACUGGGUUGUUGAGCACAGAGGAGGGGCUGCAGCCAUGGUCUGGUCUAGGUCACUCCUAGACACCCCAUGUUGGCACCCCAUUUUCCUUUUGUGAACCUCAAGUUGAGCCAGGAGCAGUGUUCCCAUGAUGCUCAAGAGCAGUGACUGCUGCUGUGUGGCUGUGGCUCUUCCCUUCAGCUCAGACAGCACCACACAAGCAGGGUUUUCCACUUAUCCCACGCUUGCUUGCCCAAGGCUUCAACACAUUAUGGAUGUUGGUGGCACUGGCUUCAGCCUUCUGCCAUGAUUUCUUUUUUAACACUGCUCAUCUGUCCUGGAAGUCCACAUGUAUCAUGUUUAUCUCUUUGACAUGGUGUCUGAAAACCUUUUAUUCAUCCAUCCAUAUCAGUCAGUGGGUGUUCCUCACACUGUGUGGAUUCCUUUGGGGCAAGAACUAUCUUAAAGUAGGAGCUCAGUGUAGUCCAGUACAAGGAGAUUAAAGAACUUUUGCCCUUCUGGAAGGUCAGCAGACACCUGGGCCUCCUUUCCCUCCAAAGCCCAAACCCAACCCUGGCUGCAGGGGUAACUUGCAGUGAUUUCCCAAAAAAGACUCUCCCUGAGCCUGGCUGUGUUCCUGUACUGCUGGGUUGGUGUCACUGGGUGCCUGCUUGUGGGACUCAGGGGUGCUGUUAGAAAGGGAAUACAAACAAGAUGCAAUCCUUGCUCUCUGCUUUUUUUUUUUUUUUUUUUUUUUUUUAAUGUGCUGCUAAUCCUGAAUAAUGCCUGGGGUACAGAAAAAUCUGAAUUCCAGAACAUUGAGGGCUCUAAGCAUGGAGGAUGAACAUGAGUCCAGCACCUCACUAAGGCUGGAUGUGGCACCCUUGCAUAAGCCACAGCUGGAGCAACAAACACAAAGCCUAACUUGAGCAGGAGCAGAAGAGAUGGUGGCAGCUCUGAGCAGGGCCACUGCAGGCUUUCAUCUGCAGGAACAGAGGAUUUGUGUCUUCCUGAAGAUGUAGUGCCACUGGCAGUCUUACAGAAGCUUUCUUGGGGACUGGAGUUGACUAAUUGGGUCUUCCUUGUUGUCCUUCAUUUACAUGUAUCUGAAGUAGCUGACAAAGGAAUGGAUCCAUCUGUUCCUGCUCUCUCCAGCAUUCCUGGGGGAGUGCUGGGGGGGAUGGGGCACAAGCUUCAGCCUUUUGUUCUAUAGAACAGGGCAGAGGAUUGUGGGUCCUGUGUCAGCACCCUAAUCAUUGUGAAAUAUCAGCAGUGGCUCUGGGAAACAGCCCUCCUGUGACCAGGGAGGGCCCAGCAGAGCAAACACUGACACAAAGCCUGUUUGAGCAGGGUCAGGACAGCGGAGGCACUGCUGUGACUGUGCUGCACAAGCAAUAGAAACCUGUGGGGACCCAGGAGAUCUCUCCACUAAAGUCAUAAAAUCACUGUAAAUGGAUUAACUGAGGCAGCAAUCACUGUAAAUGGAUUAACUGAGGCAGCCAGUUGAUUACUAGGGUUUAAUCUUUUUGCAAUUAUGCUAGUAAUUAUUGGUGCAUAGUCAUUCCAGUAGGUAAGAAUCCAUGUUUCUGUGCAAAGGUGAGUUACUGCAUUUCUCCACCUGGGAAGGUGAGAAGGAACCCUUUUUAUCUUCUUCGGUUAUACUACCAAGCCAUGGAAUUAUAUCACACACUAAUAAACUUUGAUAUCACACACUUUAAUAAACUUGUAAUUUAUUUUAAAAAGC